AUGAACUACCAACUUUCCAAGGCGGCUAACGCCCUGCGAGAACAAAUCAAGGAAAUGAUACCUGAGACAGCGACAGAGGAUGACAAAAACGGAACUCCAAAAGCCACUGCUUCUAUUGAUGUGGAAGGAAGUAAGACCUAUUCUAGCGUGCACGUCCACUCACUGGUGUUGAAAAUGGUUAAGGAAAUGGAUAUUGGAGAGGGCUGGGGUUGGAAUUUGGGACACUUCGCUGUACCGAAGCCCAUACGCAACAAAUAUAACCGGAUGUACCUCGGAACAUACACUUUCACUACUACCGAGCCUACAAUUAGCCCAUACGCCACCGUGAUAUUUGUUGUUCCAUUGCAAAGUGCUGAGGGGUGA